AUGUCUUUCAAAUUGAAUCGACCACCUUAUGCUGAUAUGAUUGGAAUUUUAUCUCCUCGCGUUUACGAUACUUCUAUUCAUCAUGUUACACAUGAAAGACCAUCGAGAACUUCAAGCCCAUGUUUCAUAAAAUAUUGUGAUCGAUUGAUAAAAAUUAUCCUAAUCCUUGGCCUUCUAUUAUUUUCUAUUCCUCAAAUCAUAUUAGCCUGUUUCAACUGUCCACUUACAUAUGAAAAUCUUGGAUGGAUACGUGCAUCUUUGUUUAUGAAUGUUCCAUUCGUUUUAGGUAUUUUUAUUUUUCUUAUUCGUAAACUAAUACGUCGUGAAUGGCCUUUAUAUUUUCAUAUUGUACAAAUGGCUGUGGCCUAUGUAUGUGUACCCGGGUGGCAUCUUUUCAUAGAUCUGUUUAUUUUUACAGGCGCAGAAAUGAAUGAUAUUAGAGUAACACUUCAGAAUAAGAAAGCUGUGAUGCUGUUGUCUUGUCCAGAAAGAUAUUAUCAAUGUGUUUUUGGUAUGAUAAUCAUGCAAUGUGUAUUUCCAAUCGUCCUCGUGAUUGUUUCAUGUAUCCUCAACAAUUGUUUUGACACUCGAUCCAAAUCUUGUGGAGAAAAGAUUGAAGCAUGGUAUUAUACUCGAUGGAGACAUUAUAUGGAUGUUUUAUGCGAACGUCAUAUCGAAGAAUUCGUUUAA